AUGAACAAGAACUUCAUGAUCUUACUGGUUUUCUCUUUCACUUUCUGCCCAUUUGUUCACUCCUUGCAGGGCAAUGACUCCAUCUCCAUGGAUGCCUUUCUUCAAGAAACUGCUUUCAAGACCUUGGUUCGGCGCAGGCCAUAUACGGGUGCUUUGUACCGUGCCAGCCUCCCAGCGAAUCUCUCUGGCAUGGAGGUCUCCGUCGUCCGGCUUAGAAGCCGGAGGCUGUGGGACAAAGGAGCUAAUUUCAGUCACUUUGGCAUUCCAUCAAACACCUUGCCGGUGCCCCACGUUAGAAGAUUGGUAAUAGUGUACCAAGACUUCGGAAACUGGUCUUCUUCCUACUUCAAAAUUUCAGGCUUUUCACUCCUAACUCCAGUCGUCGGAUUCAUGGUUUUCAACGCAACAUCAAACACAGAAGCCAAAAACAUCACAAAACUCAGCAUCACCACGUUGGAAAACCGCAUAGAAAUCCACUUCCCAAACCUGAAAUUACGUUUAGGAAAAUCGUCGGACACGUGGUGUGCACAAUUUGAUGAAGAUGGUAUGUUCCAUCUCAUACCAAUGGGCUCCCCUGACGUAUGUUACUCCAGAAAACAAGGGUAUUUUGCAGUGGUUUCAAAAUUGAAAAGGAAGAAGAAGGCGUGGUAUUUGUGGAUGAUUGGGUUUGUUUUGGGCGUUGGUGUGAUGGUGGUGACUGGUUAUGCAGCCAUGGUUACAAUCAGAGCUUUGAAGACGAAGAAGAUUCAGAUAAUGGAGAAACAAGCUGACGGAGAUUUGGUUUUAGAGAGUAGAUGGGUCGGUAACAGCAAAAUGCCAAGCGCAGCAGUAACAAGAACAAUGCCAGUUCUUGAGAAUUCAAGUUUUCCUUAG